CCGCCUCGUUGCGCCUCCUGCCCUCCUCGACUUCUUCGCGUUGCGACUCGCGAGACGCCGGGUCGCCGCCGGCCGUCGCGCAAUCUGCAGAUCACCGCCACUGGCCGCUGCUAGCUUGUGCCCGAUUGCCAAUUUGCCAUUACCGAUCAAGGUUCAAAAUCUUCCUCAGUCACAUUCCCUUGUCUAUUUUUUUCCUAACAGUAGGGUUAGAUAUACUCAAACUAAUUUCGAUUUUUGUAUCAAUGAUAGUUUUCUUUUCAGUUUGUAGGGUCACCCAAUCAAAUCACAUGUCUUCCAGUAGAAAGUUUGCAUCCGGCAGUGAGAAAAGAAGAAAAAAGAAACGUCAAGAUGAGUUGAUUCAAUCACAGAUUGGUGCUAUGGACAAAUUUAUUCAGAAAAAGAAACCAGACCCUUUAAGGAACAGUGAGGAGUUGGCGAUAGUUAUUGUGGAGCAGCAAGAUGAGGGGAUUUCACAAGAACGUAUGAACAUCAGCGACGAUGAUAACAAUGUAAGUCGUGAGAAUUCUCCAGUCAUAGAUCAUGAAGAACUAGCUUUCUCUGUUGAUAUUUAUGAUCCUAGAAAUUGGGAAAAUCUUGAUAACAAAGCAAGGGAUAUAUUAGUGGAAAAAGGUCCUAUAAGAGAACAAAAUCUUGUAUUCCCUAAAGAUAGCAGAUCUAGACAUUUUUCAUAUGCUUAUUAUGACAAAGUGAUGGAGAAUGGAGAGGUACAUGACAGAAAAUGGUUGGUUUAUUGUAAGCAUGGCAACAGAGUGUUUUGCUUCAGUUGUAAGAUUUUCAAGUCUAACAACAUGAAGAGUGCUUUAGCAUAUGAUGGAUUGAAUGAUUGGGUACAUGUGAGUGAGAGGUUGAAAGAACAUGAAAAAAGUGUUGAGCAUAUCAUUAGCAUGAACUCUUGGUACGAGUUACGAACUAGACUGAGCAAAGAUCAGACAAUUGAUAAAGAAAUGCAGGAACUAAUCAAAAAGGAGAAAGAGCACAUGAAGAAAGUUUUAUUCAGAUUAGUAGCCAUUGUGAAGUUUCUUGGUAAGCGUAAUUUGGCUUCUAGAGGAUCUAGUGAGCAGCUCUACAAUGAUAAGAAUGGUAAUUUUUUAGCUUGUGUUGAGAUGAUUGCGGAAUUUGACCCGGUACUGCAAGAGCAUCUUAGACGCAUUCAGAGCAAAGAAAUUCAUUAUCAUUACCUCAGUCACAAAAUUCAGAAUGAGCUGAUUUCUCUUUUGGGUUCUAGUAUUACAAAUUCUAUCAUAGAAAUUGUAAGAAAGGCUAAAUAUUUUUCCAUUAUCCUUGACUGUACCCCAGAUGUAAGCCAUCAAGAAUAGAUGACUUUGAUAGUUCGUUGUGUGAACAUGUC